AUGCAACAAAAACUGCACGAGAACUUGAUCGACCAAAUAAGUGAAAGUGUUGCGAUGGAAAUGAAAAUUCCGAUACGUGAUCUCUUAACGGAUGCUAAAGAGUUAAAUUUUCCGAACUUAGAAAGAAUACAGCUGUUCACCGAUGAAUCGUCCAAUGCAACGAGUAAGGAUGUUCAGCGGCGGGCUUUAACAACGAAAAGAAAGUUGGCCAAUAAAGUCUUUAGGGCUCGUGAUUCCCCGUUGACGGAUAUGAUGGCGGUGAGACACAUCAAAACGAUCUAUCACAUUUUCGUCGUGAUGCUGAUAAUCCUUUUCCUUUACACCGUGGUGCACGACCUUGUGGAUACUGGCAUUAUCUAUCUGGGUUUUCGACCGAUCAUUGCUGGGUUCGGAAAGUUCCACAUUGCACUGAUGCUGUGGUGUUGUAUGCAAACUUCCACCUUCUUGCUGUAUCCCUGCUUCAGAAUGUGGGCUGCAAAUCACAGGAACUGUAAACAGGGUAAACUUUGGGACUGGACUGCCCUCGUGCUGUUCGUCUCGUACCAGUGUGGAUUUAUCGUUGCCGCCAUUAAAGCUCACUUAUGGUUUGAUCUUCCACCAGCAAGUGGUGUGACAUACCUCAUGGAAAUGACUCGCCUCCUAAUGAAAGCGCACGCCUUUGUCCGUAGUAACGUACCAAAAGCAUUGAUAAGUCGUACAAGUGAUGAGACGAUUCAUGCGAACACUUUCUAUGUUCUACCAUCAUUUGCAAUGUAUGUUUACUUCAUGUUUGUCCCCACCUUAGUAUACCGGGAUGAAUAUCCACGCACGAGACAGAUCCGAUGGCGCAUUGUACUUCUUCAUGCGAUUGAGGUAGUAGGAACCGUGUUGUUUAUGAGUUUUAUCCUGGAACGACUCUUAGCACCAUUGUAUGAAAAUUUUGGCCCUGCUCAGAUUAGUUCUGGCAACCUCAUAAAGACACUUUUCUGCAGUUUCAUGCCCAGCACAUUGUUUUUAUUGUGUUUCUUCUAUUGUUCACUGCAUGCGUGGAUGAAUGGUGCGGCAGAGCUAUUGCGAUUUGCCGAUCGGAUGUUCUAUCGUGACUGGUGGAACGAGUCCACCUUUGCCGGAUACAUCCGAUCGUGGAACGUGGUGGUGCACGAUUGGCUAUACACGUACGUGUACAAGGAUUGUGUCGAGCAUGUGUUCCGUAACUGUAGGCCACUUGCUACGGUGGCCGUGUUUACUGUGUCGGCCGUGUUCCAUGAGCUCAUACUGGCGUUUACGUUCCGUUUCUUCUAUCCGGUAAUGUUUGUACAGUUCGAGUUUCUUGGCCUGUUGCUGAUGUUUGUCACCAAGCGAAUGGGCAAGGAUGUGGGAAAUGUGCUCCUGUGGUUGAUGCUUUCCAUAGGGAAUGGGUUGCAUCUGAGCCUGUACAAUAUGGAGUACUACGCCCGGCGAAAUUGUCCGGAUAUUGGAGAUUCGAUCGUCGAUUACAUGGUGCCUGUAUCGUGGUCUUGCAACGGUAUAACACACAAUCCAAACUGGACCUUCACGGCACCUUGGAGUCUGCCAUGA